AUGGAAAUCUGUCUGACUUUUAUUCUUCUCUCAUCCACACUCACACUCACAGCAGCUGACAGUGUGAGGUUGGUGAAUGGUGGAAGUCGCUGUUCUGGGAGAGUGGAGGUUCUUCAGGAUGGUCAGUGGGGAACAGUGUGUGGUUUUAACUGGGAUGAGGUCGAUGCUGCAGUGGUGUGUAGAGAGCUGCGCUGUGGGGAGGCUGUAAACGCACCACAAUAUGGUCACUUUGGACCAGGAUCAGGACCAAUCUGGAUGUUUGGUGUGAACUGUAGAGGAUCAGAGUCGACACUGAAGGACUGUGGGUCAGCGGGGAGAGGGGAGAGUUAUAACUGUAAUCAUAAUGAUGAUGCUGGAGUCACCUGCUCAGGUCAGAUUUUGAGACUCACUGCUGGUCCUCACCGGUGCUCUGGGAGAGUGGAGGUGCUUCAUGGAGGUUCCUGGUCCACAGUGUGUGAUGCUGACUUUGACCAGCAGGAUGCAGAGGUUGUGUGUCGAGAGCUGGACUGUGGGAUUCCUGUGGAGGUUCUGGGAUCAGCUGCUUUUGGACGAGGGGAGGGUCAGGUGUGGACAGAGGAGCUUCAGUGUAGAGGAACUGAAUCUGACAUUACCUUCUGUCCAACAUCAUCUUCACUCAAACACUCACACUGUUCCCAUGACAACGAUGUGGGAUUAAUAUGUUCUGGUCACACAGAGGCGCGGCUGGUGAACGGACCGGACUCCUGUUCUGGUCGAGUGGAGCUCCAGUACCUCGGUGAGUGGGGCACAGUUUGUGCUGUAGGCUGGGAUAUGAGAGCUGCAGAUGUUCUGUGUGCACAGCUGGAUUGUGGGAGUGCUGUGGCUGUGGUGGAGGUGGACUGGUUUGGGAAUGGGAGUGGCCACAUCUGGGCUGAUGUGUUUGAUUGUCAGGGGAAGGAGACACACCUAUCACGAUGUGGCGUCUCAUCAUGGAGUCGAGCUGCAUGCUCUCAUAAACACGACGCUGGAGUCAUCUGUACUGGAUCAUCCAUGGUGUUUCAUGAGGGGCGAGUGCGGUUGUCUGGAGGGAGAGAGUGUCAGGGGGAGGUGGAGAUUUAUUUCAGGCAGCACUGGAGGAGAGUUCUCCUGGACUCGUGGAGUCUGUCUGAGGCGUCUGUGCUCUGCAGACAGCUGGGCUGUGGCUCUGUGCUGAACUACCGCUCCUCUCCAUCCACCACUGAACACAAACACAUGUGUGUAACGGGUUUCAGCUGCUCUGGGAGUGAAGAUCAUCUGGGGAACUGCAGCAGGCCACAAGCUGAACCUGUCAACUGCAGCUCUGGGGAACAGCUCUACAUCACCUGCUCAGGUAAACAUAAUAAAGACCCCCGCUCCAUCAGGUUGGUUGGUUCUGGGGGAGACUGUGCAGGAAGGCUGGAGGUUUUCCACAGCGGCUCGUGGGGGACAGUGUGUGAUGACUCGUGGGAUAUUGAGGAUGCCCAGGUGGUGUGCAGACAGCUGCAGUGUGGAGUGGCCCUCAGUACCCACAUACCAGCCUGGUUUGGUCCUGGAACUGGGUCCAUAUGGCUGAAUGAGGUGGAGUGUGAGGGGAACGAGACGUCCCUGUGGAACUGCAGAUUUCAGCUGUGUGAAGAGGGUGAAUGUGGACACCAUGAGGACGUAGGAGUCGUCUGCUCAGAGUUUAAAGAGAUCCGACUCUCAGAGGGCUGUGAGGGGAAUCUGGAAGUGUUCUACAAUGGAACCUGGGGUAAUGUGUGUUACAAUCAGAUGGAUGAUGAGACGGUAAACAUGGUGUGUCGAGAGCUGAACUGUGGAAGACGAGGCAGUCUGUCAAACACUGAAGCACGAGUAAAAUCUGCUCCUAAUUGGCUGGAUGAACUGAAAUGUAGGAAACACGACUCUAAUCUGUGGCAGUGUCCAUCUUCACCCUGGGGACAGAACAGAUGUGAUAAUCGUGAAGAGGCUGCUCGUAUUACCUGCACAGAAGAUGGAACGUCUCUACGUACUCAUGGGACAUGUUCAUCAUUUCCUCUUCAGAAAUACUGCUCAAAGCACUGGUCUCUCAGGCUGAGUGGAGGAAAGGGAAGCUGCUCUGGGAGGUUGGAGGUGUAUCAUAACUCUACGUGGGGCUCCGUUUGUGAUGAUCGGUGGAACAUCAGGAACGCUCAGGUGGUGUGCAGACAGCUGGGCUGUGGGUCGGCGCUGAGUGCUUAUAGGAAUGUUUGGUUGGGUUCUGGUGAAGGGACUAUCUGGAUGAACAGAGUGAAGUGUCGAGGGGAUGAGAUUCACCUGUGGGACUGUCAUCAUUCCCUGAAGAACCACACUGACUGCUCUCAUGCUGGAGUCACCUGUGCAGGUCAGAGGGGUGUGCUAACUUUUCAGCUUUCUGUCUCAGUGAUAAGACUUGAUAACUUUUAUUUAGAAUUAAGUCCACCCACCCCUCCACUGGUUCUCUUUGUGUUGGGAACGCUGCUCUUCCUGGCCUUAGUGCUUCUGCUGGUACUGUUUUACCAGAACAGAGUUCUCAGGAGAGUUGUCUCUAGGACGAGGCGUAAGACUGAGUCUGAGGCAGUCUAUGAGGAGAUCAACCACAGAUACAUGGCUAGAAGAAUCACGAGCUUCACUCAAAGAGGAAGUCUCCUCUCUGAAGAACAGCAUUCUGGGUAUGAGGAUGUGGAUGAUGAGCUUCUCUCAGAGGAUGAAGCUGAGAAUUAUGAUGACGCCAUUACAGCUGAUCAGAAGUCAGUUAUACUGACAGAGGACGUGUCCGAGAACUAUGAUGAUGCAGUUACCACUGAAACAAACCCAAACAUCAUCACAGACAAUCCAGAAGAUUAUGAUGAUGUCAUCACUGAGGAACAGGAUGUAGGAGAGACAGAAGAAUAUGAUGAUGUGGAGGAGAAAUCUCAGAAAGACAGGGACCAUGUGACUGAGACACGCCCCCAAAGGCCUUUUCUCAGGAAAUUACAUUUCAACUUUUAUAAACACAAAAAAUGAUUUUAUUUUACUUCCAAUAAUUUCAUUCAUUCUGAACCAUGUUCAUUUUCUCACCUUGUUAUUAGCAAAUAGAUUAGGGAGAGUUAAAUCACCUCCAUUAUUACUGAACCAAAUGUUUCCAGCUUUCCUUUUACAACACAUUUAGUGCUAUAAGUCAUAGUGAGCUUAAAUAUCACUGACACACCACACCUCAUUUAUCUCACCAGUUUAUUCCAUCAAAAUGGCCAUAAUGUUCAUUUCAAUCUUUUGGUGAAACAUCUGAUCUUAUCAUUCAUGUCUAACUGAAACUUGGGAAUCUGUUAUUCAGUGUUUUUAUAAAUGAGUUAAUUACAUUCCACUUGUUAGAUGAAAACUUUAUUACAUAUGUUAAAAAUUAUUACAAUCCAGAAAUAUGCAACUGUCUGAAAUAGAUAAAGAUUUUUCAUUUAUUAUGCUCAGGUAAUGUUUUAUAUUUUAAGAUCUAAUUCAAUAUUCUAUGUUUUCUAUGUUGAUUUUCUAUAUGGCUAUAUGGAACUAGAAAGUGUUGAUUAAUUUUUCACAACAACACGGCUCUGAUAAUAGUUAAAAUCUUAUCAUUCAUGUCUAACUGAAACUUGUGAUUCUGUUAUUAAGUGUUUCAGAAAUGAGCCAGAAUAAAACUUAUUACAAAUAUUAAAAUGUUAAUAUAUAUAUAUAUAUAUAUUCAAUUCAAUAUUUAUGUCACACCUGAAUUAUAGUAAAAUAAUUUUUCUUUUAGUUAUUUAAUAGUUACGACUGCCACAUAAAUGAUUCUAAUAAAUGAUUCAUUUGAAUAUUUUAUUUUUCCUACAGUUCUUCCUACAGUCCUUCUCAUUAUGUAAGCCCAUAAUAAACUGAUUUAAAACAUGUUAUAUAACAAAGAAUAGUGUAUAAUCAUUUUUGUUGACAUUACUAAUAGAUGUUUAUUUAACAUUUAUAGAAAGAGUCUCGAGUUUCAGUUCUUUGUAACAGUUAUUUAUUAUUAUUUCAGCAGCUGCAGUUAAAGUAAUCCUGAAAGUCGGGGUGUUGCAGCCCCAUCAGCAGCCUUACUUCCUGCCUCCUUGUAUAGAAUGAGAAAUGGACAAGGAAUUUAAAUAUUUUGUCUAAAUAAACAAUAUGCAAGCAAAUGCAACCUUUUUAUCCAUAGUAAGUAAAUAUUGUGCCUUAUUCUGAGCGCUGUAUUCACCUUUUUCACUAUUUUAUUACAUAUUGUUUACUUAAACAAUUGAUUAAAUAAAAGUGCUUUUAUAAU